UCACGCUACCACGGCUCACCGAGCGAACAAGAUAAGCCAUGGCCAAAAAAGGCGGAGCCGACGGCAACAGCAAGAAGGCUGCUGGCCAGGCCCGCAAGGCCGAGACCGCCGCAAAGAAGGCGGCGGCUGCUGACGCCGAAAAAGAGGUUUUCGAGUCGGCCAAGUGGGACAAGGGAGCAAAAAGCAGUGCUAAAAAAGAAGCCGAAGCUGAAAAGAAAGCGGAGCAGGCCCGGAAGAAGGCCGAACGUGAAGCCCUGCUCGCCGAGGAGGAGAAGAGCACGCCGGGACGAUCGGCACCCAAGAAUUCCAAGGCGGCCGUCAGGAAGACCAAGGGCCUGGACCUCUCGCAGCUCGACGACGACGGCAGCGGGGGCCUGUCGGCGCUCAACGCAUCCGGCAUUGACAACGCGCUCGACGCGCUGUCGCUGACGUCCAAAACCGACGCCAAGAUCGACAGGCAUCCCGAGAGACGGUACAAGGCUGCGUACGCCGCCUUCGAGGAGCGGCGGCUCGGCGAGAUGGAGGCGGACGGCAGCGGUGCCGGUCUCCGCAUGAAUCAGAAGAAGGAAAGGAUCAAGAAGGAGUUUGAGCGCAGCCCGGAGAACCCGUUCAAUCAGCUCACGGCACGUUACGACGCCUCCAAGGACGAGCUGCGCGAGCUCAAGGAGCAGGAGAAGUCCAAAAUCGAGACCCGCCUCGGGUCGCCCUGAAAAUCGGAGACAAUGGUCCGCUUUGGGGGAAGAACCCGAACAGGGAAGGCCGAUAUCUCUCUGCCGGGGUCUCAUGCGUCUGGCCCGGACGGGAAGGGGCGAGGGUCAGUUAGCGAAGGCGUCUCUCCGAGGUGGUCCUCCAACGUGUGGGGCGCACCAACCCGGGACACGAUCUUCGGUCUGGCAGUCGUGGGUCAAAGGGAGCCUCGGGCAAGAUGCAUGGGUUGCCCGCGCGAGGCGACGAGCCUUUUUGCGAGGUUUCACGUGAUGGGG